AUGUCAAACCCGCUGGAAUGUUACGAAAAGUUGGACUUCAACACUCGACAGCAGCCCUUGUACUCCCAUGUUAUAGAGAACUUUCCCAAAUCUGACCGACCCGAUGUGGUAGUACGUCUGUGCCGUUGCUGGCAGUCCCACAAGUUUCCCUACUGCGAUGACACCCAUAAACUGCUAGUUGAGAACGGGGAUGACGUGGGGCCGUUCGUGGCCCACAUACGCGCUGAGAGAAGCAAGAAGCGGGAGUAUGUGAAGCUGCGCCAACGUGAGACUGUGCCGGGGGUCUCGCGUCCGUCGGCGCUUCAUCGCAUGCCGUCGUCACGGGCCCUUGCUUUGGGUUAG